AUGAAGAGGGCCGCUUCUAAUGAUGGAGAUGGGGGUGCCAAGAAGGCCCCCAGGAUGUCACCGGGGCCGAGUAGGCGGAGCCCCAGUUACUCGAUUGAGUCGGACCCUUCGGAGGAUCCCCCGGAGGAUAGUUACGAUACGGAUCCGUCGGAGGACCCAGCUACGAUUCCUCCAGAGUCUCCGAUCCCUGGAGCAGAGGAUCCCGUGGAGGAUGGCUAUGACACAGAUGUCUCGGAGGAUCAGGCGAUGACCCCUCCAGAGCUUCAUACCUCCACGGAGGAGGAUAGUUAUGAGGCAGAUCUAUCGGAGCCUUCUUCUGGGACUACGGAGGAGAGGAUUUCCUACGGUACGCCAGUUGUUUCUGAGAGUGAGCAUGUCAGCCCGGCUACCUCGGAGAGUGCUAUGGAUUUCACUUUGAUCUGGUCACCUGUGAGCCGGGAUUUGUCUGAUCAUCCACUCGAUACCCCCUCCGAUUCAGAUGCGGGUGACAGCGGAGACCAGAUAGGUAGGGAGCAGACAGAUGAGGAUGAUAGUGGACAUACCUCUCACGGCAGCUCCCCAGGUCAGACCCGAUAUUGGUCAUUUAUAAGUGUAUGA